ACAGCCAUUGGUGACAUUCCAUCAGAGCUUCAACUCAAGAUAUUCUCCGAGGUUUCUCCAAAGCCAUGGCACGAAAUGGAUCCCUCCGUCGCUCAGUCUGGCGACAGCCCAUGGAUGCGCGCCUUUCGGGCGAAACUUUCGCUGCCUCUCAUCUGCAGAUCCACAUGGUGGGCCGCGUCGAAGGUGCUCUACGAGGAUGUUGUUAUCCGACGUAUGGGCCAGAUAUCCUCUCUUGCAAGGACUAUGUCUUCCGAAGCACCACCAAGCUCAGACCUGCGCUUCAUGAUCAACAGCCUCCGCAUGGACACGUGCAUCGUCUGGCACGCGGCCGUCGAUGAAUGCCGAGCCGCGCUCGCCACUAUCCUCUCUCGAUGUCCCAAUCUUACCUCGAUCACGUACCGCUCGCAUCUAGCCUUUGCCUUUGCCGACACAUUUCAGGACUCGGUCGCAUCGAUGGACGGCAUGCUCAACCCAACCUGGUUCGCCUCCCCUAGUUCCACCGGAAAUGUACUGCUGUCUGUAGUUGGAUCGCAGUUGACACACCUGGACGUCCAUGCCGACCUGUCAAACGCGGCAGGUAUGCAUGCGCUGCACGCGGUUUUGCAACACACACACUGCCUUCGUUUCCUAGUGGCGGCUCGCCUGCGAGACGACGGUGUUGUUGAACAGCACCAUGACUCUCCUACACUCAUUCUCCCUUCCCUGCUCGAGCUUCAUGUGGACUGUAGUGUCAUGCCCUUCCUCCCACGUUUCAUCGCCAACUACUGGACACUCCCGAGGCUCCAGCGGCUCACCGUCGGGAUCGGCGCCAAUCCCAUGGAUCCGAUGGAGACAGUCGAACGAUUCGGCGUCGGGCUCCGUUUCCUCCAAUUCUUCCCCAGCUCCGUGAAUGCAUCCUUCACUCCAGAGCAGCAGGACCGCCUCACCAGCACAUUAGAGUCGCGUUGCCCUCUUCUCGAACACCUCGUCCUCCCCGCCCUCAAACCUGCCGCCAUCGCCCAGCAUCCCAUCCGCUCCCCGUCGCUCAAGUGGCUCGACAUAUGGAUCGUCCACUCCACCGCGUUCUCGUACUACCCCCCUCUUUCGUGGAGGACCGGGCUCCGGCGUGUUGUGGUGUCCCCCACGGACAGCGCCGUGCCCGCGCUCGCCUCCGUCCGCCUCCUCGACGGCUCCGACGAGACGUACAGUUCGCAGCCGGCGUCCUCCGCGAAGGCGGGGUGGCCGAGGCGCUUCCACCCC